AUGUCCGAGUCGAACCCGCCCAGUAGCCAUAAUAGCGAUGCUAGCUCAGGAGGCUCACUCAGCGGGUUUCCAGAGGAAGACUUAAGGCCUGAUGGAAGGAACAAUCCUGGGUACUUCCCUGCAAGGCUUGGCCAGCCGCUGCAACAAGGUCGCUAUUGCAUCGUACGCAAGUUGGGCUGGGGUCAAUACUCUAGCGUCUGGUUAGCCAAGGAUCGUGGCGAGGACCGCUUCGUUGCUCUUAAGAUACUCACCUGUGAUGCCACUAAAGCCUUGUCUUCCGAUGAAAAUCAGCGCUCAGACGAACAGCGCAUGCUGGAGAAGAUCGCAGCUGCCGAGUCAAGUCAUCGUGGGUUCAGCCACAGUCUUGCUUACUUCGGGUCCUUUGACUUCAAUGGGCCACAUGGACUUCAUCGCUGCAUCGUAACAGAGGUCCUAGGCUACAGCAUAGAUUACCUACGAAAGCUCAACGACACCGAUCGUCGUGUUGCGCCAAGCAUUGUGAAGCGUGUCGUGAAACAAGUCCUACUGGGUCUUGAAUACCUGCACAAUGUCUGCGGUAUCGUGCACACAGAUCUAAAGCACGACAACAUACUCUUCCGCCCCCUCGAUCUGGCGGGCGUUAUCUCCCGUGAACUCUUCGGAACCCCUUCGAUAACGUACGACUGUGGCACCGAAGUGAACCCGCCCGUGGUUCCCGUUGUCUCGCAAGGUUUACCUCUCUCUACUGACGCUACCGUCCGGGAGCAAGAUCUCGUUGCUGUGAUUGCCGAUGUUGGUCACUCACACUGGAAAAAUCGCCAUUUCCAGGAGCUUGUUCAACCAGACGCACUUAGAGCUCCCGAAGUCAUACUUGGUCACCUAUGGGGACCACCUGCAGACAUCUGGAACUUAGGCUGCCUUGUUGCCGAGCUUCUCAUUGGAUUCUGGCUCUUUGAGCCAAAUAAGACGGACCUGUGGGGGUAUGAAGAGGAUCAUCUAGCUCGAAUGACGGAGGCGCUCGAUUUGCACUUUGAGACUACCAUGUUGGCCAAUUCUGUUCAUCGAGACAAAUAUUUCAAAGCUGAUGGAUCGUUUGCUCACUUUACAAAACACGAGGAGCCGACGUGGCCGUUGCGCAAGCUCUUGCAAUCUUUCUCGGAGCUUGGUGACGACACCCCACGAGCAGAAGAGUUUCUCAGACGUUGUCUUAAACUUGCGCCCGAUAAGAGAGCUACUGCUACAGAGCUCAUCAACGAUCCAUGGCUAGCGAUCGCUUAG